AUGCAUCCAACAGAUAUACCUCCACCUUCAACUCCGACAUUCCUAGAACUGUCAUUCCCAGUUCCUAGGGUCCUCUUGGUCCGUAUGGACCGCCCCAAAGACCUGAAUGCGAUGUCAACGACGGCGCAGUGGGAAAUGGAUGCAGUCUGGAAGUGGUUUGACCUGGAGCCAACACUCAGCGUGGCUAUAAUAACGGGUACUGGACGAGCAUUCUCUGCUGGUGCUGACUUGAAGGAAUGGAACAAUUCUAUGGCAGAUGGUGCAGAUCCUCACAACAGGAUGGGUAAUGCUCCAUCUUUCAAACCUUUGAGCCGACGUAUGGGCAAGAAGCCCGUAAUAGCGGCCGUCAACGGGCUAGCGAUGGGUGGUGGAUGCGAAUUCGUCGUCAAUUGCGGCAAGUUUCUGCAAUCUUCUCUUUACCAAUCCUCGCUAACGAGGGUGAAGAUCUCGUCGUGGCAGCUGAGGAUGCAUAUUUUGGCCUUCCGGAGGUAA